GGCGACGCUUUGAGUACAUUUCCUAUUUCAUGACGACUGCUGUUAGCGAUAAUACAGCAAUCCCGUCAUGGACUCUCUGGACAUCUUGGAGGAGAAUGUGGAGAAGAUUUUAAAGGGUGAGGGACUGGAAGUGAGAGAGUUGGAUUCGGCCAGAGAUCAGGUGCAGCCGGUGACGCUGAGGAAAGAUGUGUGUUACAUCGUUGCCGCAGUUAUCUUCAACUCAAAGGAGGAGGUGUUAAUGGUGCAGGAGGCAAAGACAGAGUGUUAUGGCAGAUGGUACCUCCCUGCUGGUCGUAUGGAGGGUGGUGAAAGCAUUCUAGAGGCGCUACAGAGAGAGGUCAAAGAAGAGGCUGGAAUAGACUGUCAGCCAAUCACAAUGCUGCUGGUUCAAGAACAAGGGCCACAGUGGGUUCGCUUCAUCUUUCUUGCUGAAGUUACAGGGGGCUCUCUGAAGACGACGGCAGAGGCGGAUGGAGAGUCGCUGCAAGCUCAAUGGUGGAAUCGCGAGUCUCCGCUUCCUCUGCGAGGACGUGACAUACUGUCCCUCAUCGCCGCUGGAUUAAAAUAUAAGAAGAAUCCAUGGUUCCAAGCGUUAAAGCCCGUUGACAUACCAUGUCAAGUUAUUUGCCAAAGACCGCUUCUCACAUUUGUCACUAGCAGUGGUGACAGCAGCGAAGAAGACCGCUUGUGGCUGUUGCUAAGCAACAGUAAAGGGGAAGAUGCCAGUUCAAAUCCUCAUCUUCCUGUUAAAAUAUCAAAUAAAAGGUGCACUGUCACAUGGGCAGUACUUAGAUUGGUCAAGGAGUGCAUGUCUUCAUCAUACAGCAGGCUAAACGUUACCAUGUGUGGAAUUCUGGGAUUGCAGCACAACGGGCGUGUACUUGGGAAAACGGAUGGCAUCUGCUUCAACACGCUCGUGUUUUUGGAAUAUUCAGAGGGAGGGCCAGAAACCGGCGGGCCACCGCCGUUGGACGGUGACUGUUACAGAUGGCACGAGGUAACCAAUCAGCGCCUGAGGGCGAAGAUGCUACAGAGGAUUAAAGAAGGGUCCGUUCUGCCUGUACACAGUCUAUGAUGAUGAUGAUGAUGAUGCUGAACUUGCAUUUUCAACAUGAGUGCCACGACGUGCUUAAAUCAUGUGGGCUAACUGCUAGGCUGUACUUUUACCCUUUACUCUUUGACUUGAACUACACUCACAAAAUAGUCCUUCGCUUGCACUUUACCACAGCCAAUUAUAUGUAGAAUUUAAUAUAAAGAAAAUGCUGUAGGAUGCUGGUAUUUAGACACUAAUAAUUUAAAGGAACAGUUCAUGAAAAUAUAUAUAUUUUUUCUCAUUUACUUGCCUUACUGCAAUUCUAAGUGAGCAAUUUCUGAAAAAAAAAACGUGGCUCUUUUUGGCUUUGAAAUGACACUAAAUGGGGUCCAACCUUUUUCCAAAAGCACAUACAUCAAACAUCAGAACUCGACUCUCCUGUAAAAGCACGGACAACUGUUACCUGGAAGCCAAUGGUUAUAGUUACAAAAGUUUGAAAUAUCAAUAUUUUUCUUACACAAACCCAUUUUCACUUCUGAAGAGAUUUAUUAACCUCUUAUAUAGGCGCCCCAUUUUUAAACAUUGUGUUGAUUUCAAAAACAAGUUCAGAACAUGAAUGUUGAGUGUUUUUGCUUUCAAAUGAUGCAUAGUUUUUACGUAGUUGAUUGAAUAUUAAUGCAAAACAAAGGUAAUAAAAAUGCAGAAAUGCUAAAACAAACACCUUACCCAUGGGCCCUGUGCAUGUUAAGGGGUUAAUCCACUGGAGUUGCUUUUUGGGCACAAGUUGGGCACCAAACAAUGGCGUUAUAAAGCUAUGAAGAGACAGGAUAUUGUUUUAUGUAACAACAGGUUGUUUUAUGUAACAGGUGUUCAGCUGAAUGAUGGCAUGAAGGUGAGAUAAUUCUAAAAGAAUUUUCCAUUUGGAUCAAUUUAAAUGGAAUAAUAUCGAUUUUGCUAAACACAUUAUUUUAAAUGGCAUAUAACCGUAAAAAUUUUUUUUACCUUAAAUAAUUUACCUUAAGUUUUUGAGUUAAUUCAACUUAAUUCAACCAGUUUAGUCAACUCCACGACAAAUUCAUUUGAGUUAACUAAUAUUUUUGUUGAAUUAACUCAAAAUUUUAAGGCAACCAGGUAACUUAUUUUUUUAAGUUGAACCAACAAUUUUUUUACAGUGUGCUGACAAAGUCAAACCAAAAAUUAUACAGACAUCUCACAUUAUCACAGUUUAUUAGCUUUAGUUUAGAAGAUGGUAAUAAAAUAUGACAAGACUUCAGAGUUAAACUAUGUCAGAACAAAUUCAUCUUGAUAAUGUAAGAUAACCUUGAUAGAAAGGUAUGUAAUGGAUUAAGUUGAAUAGCUGUUAAAUCAAAGCAAAACAUGGUCAGGUCAAAGUGUCUGAAUCAUUUUCUAUCAAUUUUACUGGUAUUUCACUGUAUGAAGAAGUUUUGCGUAUGUCACCGUUUAUUUAGCUAUCCUCACUUACAUAAAGUGUCCUGCACCCAUGUCAAAAAUUAUAUCUGGUGUCUGAAUAAUUUUUGGUUUGAUUGUAUAUGGAAAUUUUCUCUAAUCCACCUGGUGAAGACUUUUUUAGAAAAAAAUUAAAAACACAAACCGACCCAAGACUGUGAUUUCCUAUAAUGCAGGCUGCUGGAGUAACUGCUUGAAAGAAUGAUUUUUAUGAAUGCUCAUGAAUGUCUGUCCUUGAAGGUCAAUUUACUUUUUGUUUGAAACACACUCUUAAAUGUUAUUCAUAAUUUAAAGUUUAGACCUUUCACCAAACCACUAUUUUUGUUUAAAUGAACGGUGAGUAUGUAUGUUGUAUACAAUGACCUAUGCUGCUGUACAAUCUGUAAUAAAUAAACAUACACACAACGUC